AAAAGAAAAAAGAUUAGCGUAUAGUAAUAAAUUGAGUUGAAGCGAAAGCUGCCGGGCUCCUUUAAACCCUAAAACUAGAAUGGAACUCAGCUCCUCAAAACCCUGCUCAUUCCCCCUCUCUCUGUAACCCAAUCUCGAUCCCAUUGAUUCACUAAGCUGAUCAAAAAUGGUGCGUCUAGCUGCAUCCAAACAGAUCCAUUUGAAUCCACAUCUCGCGAGGCUUCCAUCCCCAUUUCCCUUCAAAUCGCUCUCCUUCUGCUCCUCCGCGCCGUCGAACCCUAUCCCAAAUGAAGAACUCCCCAUCUCCGCAGAUCCAAAUCACGAUUCUUCAUCAACAGAAACGGAGGUGGCCCCACCACCUUUCCGAGAACUCAGGCGCCCUAGGAACCCGGAAAAAAUAGAGGAUACUAUUUGCAGAAUGAUGGAUAAUCGGCCAUGGACGACCCGUCUGCAGAACUCAAUCCGGCGGCUGGUACCGAGUUUCGAUCACGAACUCGUGUACAAUGUGUUACACGGCGCCAAGAACUCGGGGCACGCACUCCAGUUCUUCCGGUGGGUCGAAAGAUCCAAUCUCUUCCAGCAUGAUAGGGAGAACCAUCUCAAGAUGAUUGAGAUUUUGGGGAGGGCUUCGAAGCUUAAUCACGCUAGGUGCAUUUUAUUGGAUAUGCCGAAGAAGGGUUUGAAAUGGGAUGAGGAUUUGUGGGUUGUGAUGAUUGAUAGUUAUGGGAAGGCGGGUAUAGUUCAGGAGAGCGUGAAGUUGUUUCAGAAAAUGGAGGAAUUGGGAGUCGAUCGCACUAUUAAGAGUUAUGACGUUCUGUUUAAAGUGAUUAUGCGUAGGGGGAGGUAUAUGAUGGCCAAGAGGUAUUUCAAUAAGAUGUUGAGUGAGGGGAUUGAACCAACUAGGCACACCUUCAACGUUUUGAUUUGGGGGUUUUUUCUUUCAGGGAAGGUGGAGACUGCGAAUAGGUUCUUUGAGGAUAUGAAGACGCGUGAGAUUUUGCCGGAUGUGGUAACAUAUAACACCAUGAUUAAUGGGUAUAAUCGGGUUGGGAAAACAGAGGAGGCAGAGAAGUAUUUUGUGGAGAUGAAAGGUAGGAAUAUUGAGCCUACUGUAAUCACUUAUACGACUUUGAUCAAAGGGUAUGUUGCAGUGGAGAGAGUGGAUGAUGCAUUGAGGUUGGUGGAGGAGAUGAAAGGAUAUGGGAUUAAGCCAAAUGCCGUUACGUAUUCAACCUUGUUGCCAGGGCUGUGUGAUGGGGAGAAGAUGUCUGAGGCUCGGAGUGUGUUGAGGGAGAUGGUGGAGAAGCACAUUCCACCUACUGAUAACUCUAUUUUCAUGAAACUGAUGCUUGGCCAGUGCAAGGCGGGCGAUUUGGAUGCUGCAGUUGAUGUGUUGAAGGCGAUGAUUAAGCUGAGUAUUCCGACUGAAGCAGGUUAUUACAGUGUUCUGAUUGAGAAUUGCUGCAAGGCUGGUCAAUAUGAUAGAGGUGUGAAGUUGCUGGAUAAGCUCAUUGAGAAGGAUAUCAUAUUAAGGCCUCAGAGUACUUUGCAUAUGGAACCGAGUGCUUACAAUCCGAUGAUUGAGUAUCUCUGCAGCAACGGCCAGACCGCCAAGGCUGAGACCCUUGUGCGGCAGUUGAUGAAAUUGGGUGUGCAGGAUCCCAUGGCCUUGAAUGCUCUCAUCUGUGGGCAUUCGAAAGAAGGGACACCCGACUCUGCAUUCGAGCUUCUCAAGAUCAUGCUUAGGAGGAAGGUUGCUUCGGAGAAAAGUGCUUUUGAUUCGCUUGUCCAAAGCUACUUGACAAAGAAGGAUCCUGCAGAGGCAAAGGCCGUGCUGGAUAGCAUGAUUGAGAAUGGUCAUUGUCCGGAUUCUACACUAUAUAGGUCGGUGAUGGAUGCCUUGUUUGAAGAUGGGCGGGUGCAGACGGCAAGCAGGGUGAUGAAGACGAUGUUGGAGAAGGGGGUGACUGAUCAUAAAGAUUUGAUUUUUAAGAUAUUGGAAGCUUUGCUCAUGAGGGGGCACGUUGAGGAAGCCCUCGGGCGAAUUGAGCUGCUGAUGCAGAGUGGCAUUGCGCCCAACUUUGACAGCCUGUUAUCCGUGCUAUGUGAGAAGGGGAAGACAAUCGCUGCGUUGAAGGUAUUGGAUUAUGGCAUGGACAGGGACUAUAGCAUCGAUGUUUCGAGCUGCGAGAAGGUUCUGGAUACUCUGCUAGCUGCCGGGAAGACUCUCAAUGCAUAUUCAAUAUUGUGCAAGAUUAUGGAGAAAGGAGGGGUUACUGAUUGGAGCAGCUGCAAAGACUUGAUCAAGAAUCUGAAUGAAGGGGGUCACACAAAGCAAGCGGAUAUUCUGUCUCGGAUGAUUGUAGGGAAGGAGAAGCCAGCUCGUAGCAAGAAAGGAGAUAAAAAAGCAGCCAUGGCUUAAAAAUUGAUAAUUUUUAUAGUUUUGAGUCAUCUUGAGGUGAGAAUUUGAUCCCUCCAUCUUUGUUAUGAAUUAAGGUUUCUGUGUUUUGAAUUAUUUUGUAGCAUAGAAAGCCUUUUUUCAGUUAAUAAUGUAGUUUUCAUCCAGAGUUGAUUUUCAUUGUUUCAAUCUGAUUUGGGUGAUUGUUGUAGACCUGGAUGUAUAUCUCUACAAACAUGGAUAAGGAUUUUUGUUUGAUCUGAUUUAUCAGUAUUUCUUCA